AUGUCAUCAGGCAAGCAGCAGCAGCAGCGCCAUAGGCAAAGACACGCAAGCACUGGUAGCUCCGUGGGCUCAGCAGAUACAGAGCCUGACCCUGACCCUGAUCAGCCUCCACCUGCCGACCGACACAGAGGAUCACCGUCCUCAUCGCAGCAGCGUGACAAAGGCAAAGGCCGCGCAGUCACCGCCGUCGAAGGCAGUGGAAGCGGCACCGGUGACCGACACACCAGCCCCUUGAGACGAUCACCACCACCACAGCAGCAGCAGCAGCAGCAGCCGCGACAACAGCAGCGACAACCACCACCCAUUAUGUCUCGGUACUCCGACAGACAUUCGGACAGACACUCCGACAGUCCAUCUUCGUCGGGCUCAGCAUCGCGUUACCAGCUUGUAUCGCCAGCGACGCCAUCGACCGAUCCUCGGGCCAUGAGCCAAAACAACAAGGACCAGCUGAUCCAGUCUUUGCGAACACACCGUGUCAAUACCAUCACAGAGUUGCGACGGAUCGAAAAGAUCUUUGCAUACCUGGAUUCCGCGGAGGUCACCGAGCCAAUGACCAGCGCCUGGCGACACUACGUGAACUCCAACAACUUGUUGAACGAGCUUAGGGGUUUGACAAAGAGAAUCCCAUUUAGCUCUGAGUGCCUGGACGAGGCAAAACAGCUUGUGGUCAGAGACCCAAGCAGUGUGCGCAGCUGGAAUUAUUGUUGGCUCGUGUUGAUAAAGAUGGAGAAAGAGUGA